AUGGCCGAUCAGGAAAAUAUCAAUCCCGAAUCCCAGACUACCACACCCAACAAGCCCAAGCGUGCGCCUCCCAAGCUGGGCAAGAAGAACACUCCCACCAAGCAAGAGCAGACCCCGCCGCCGUCAGAGAAUCAGGACGAAGACAACGGUUCUGACGCUGAGAACAACGACCACAACAACAAGACGGUCCAGCAAGAGCCCGACUCGGAUCACGAAGAGCAAGAAGACGACGCCCAAGAACAACCCGAGCCGGAACCUCAACCCCAACAAGAACCAGAAGACCAGCGCAUCAACCGUCGUCGCCGCCGCCCCCGUCCCCGUCCCCAGGAAUCAGACGUCGAAUCCGUCAAACGCAGCGACAUGGACGCCCAACCGCAACAACAACGCCAGCGCACCCGCCGCACCCGCCAGGCCCAGCAGCAGCAGGGGCAGGACCAAGCCGACGGUGGUCCCCUCGGCGGUCUCGGCGGCGUGGACCAGGCCGGCCAGCUGGUGCAGAACACCGCUGGUAAUGCCUUGAACGGGGUGACUGGCAGCGCGGGCAAGGCCGUUGGCGGCGUACUAGGUGGUGGACAGAAGGACGAGAAGGAGGAGGAUGGUGGGCGCGACGAGCAGCUGCGUCUCCGGUUGGAUCUGAAUCUGGAUAUUGAGAUUCAGUUGAAGGCUAAGAUUCAUGGUGAUCUGACGCUCGGGUUGCUGUUAGUAUUUCCCUUUUAUCUUUCUUCCUACACCCAUCACCGUCCCUUCCCUUCCCUUUCACCCUAUAUCCUGAACAAUACCCUCUCAUCAUUCUAA